GACGGACCAAGAUGUUCACGCUUCGAUACAUGUCCGUCAAUUUGUCCUCUACAGAAAUCGUUCUAUAACGUCUUAUUUUAUAUUUUUUUUUAUCCACCCGCUGUCUUAUAGAUUAGUAUAUCAAUAAACAUGACUUCAAGAGGGACACCGAGUCGAUUUCUCAAAAGCGUCCUUCAAAACGGAGUCGGGCGAUACGUUUGUCAGCUUAAACGCGUCUCCAUCAUCUUUUCCAAAAACGCACAGAGCUCAUUAGGAGUCAGAGAUUUUAUUGAGGAAGGAGUGGUGGAUUAUGCAAAGAACAACCCAGGGACAGUCGUAUAUGUGUCGCCUCAGACCUGUAGAAUCCCAAAGAUCGUAGCUGAAUAUUUAAAUGGCAACGUGAGGGAGGAAAUCAUCACAUCCAAAACUGCGCCACAGAUUUCGGAGCUUUUGACCAAACUGACAAAUCAGUCGGGGCUUGACAUUAUCCGCAUUCGAAAGCCCUUCCACACAGACACCCCAAGUAUCCAGGGACAAUGGCACCCCUUCACCAACCGGCCUCCUUCCAUUGGCCCCAUAAGACCACAGAAAACAGAUGCACAUUAAAGACUGAAUUUCAUAAAUAAACAUAGAUUAAAAAAGUGCUUGUAAAGUAUGGUUAUUUGAAACUUGUGCAGAUUGCAUACAUAAAUAAAUACGCAGUUUGUGGGAGAAACAAAAAUAUAUAUUAUGGCAGCCAGGCAGGUGCCAUGGCACUGUGGUUCACAGUUCCACCUCAGAGCAUAUGUGAAAUCUUUCUCAGAGCAUAUGUAAAAUCUUUUCUGUGUUAAGUUUGCAUGUUUUUCAUGUUGUUUGCCAAACUCCUAAUCAUGUAUUCUGGGGCCAGAACCUUCCUGGAUGUAUUUAGGUCAGAUUGAGCGAAAUAGUCUAGCACUGAAACAGGAUUACACCACAAUGUAAAAUUACAAAAAGAUUAUCAAAAUGAAGUACAUACCUGCAUGAAACCCUUUAAACCAAGACCAAAUUAUAUCUAAUUAUAUAAACUAGAACUAGUUUCUAGACCAAGAACAAGUUCUCAGUAAUGCAACAAUGCCCUAAAAAUGAAUUUAAAACUCAGAAAUGUUUGUUCCAAACAGUCUGAGCCGAGCAUCUAAUUGGACAUUUGUUAGCUGCGUUUUUUCUUUUUAAUAUGGUGCUGCCGUCGUCAAUAUUGCACUAACAAUAGGCUGCAUUACUCAUUUACUGUGGAGUGUUCCUUAUAGAUAUUCUUAUUCAAUACAGAACCUCUUUCAAAUACAGUAUCUUGUAAAGGUUAUUAAAGCUGUGGUCGCCCUCCAUUUUUCUGUGCCCUUUCUCUCAGCUGGUGGCAGAAGUAGAGACUUUUGGCUUAAUUCAAUCGGGACUGUGCAUUGAAAUCCACCAAGUCCUGUCCUCCGAGUCCCACAUUCAAAUUGAUGCGACACCUCUGCGCCAGGCCACUGUCCCCUCGAAUACUAACAAGCCGGUACUUGUAAAUCUUGAAAUAACCUUGGGAUUUUAAACAAGUAUUACCGUACAUUGAACACAUAAUCUGUAGAAAAAGUGCUUAGGUGCAAUGCUGUCUGAAUAUUGCAGUAGCGUUCUCUGUCCUAUUAUGUUUGAUGGAUGAAGUAAUUACCCAAGUCAUCACACAAAACAACGUCAGGUGUAUUUCUGCUUUAAUUGCGUAACAACACAAGGGAUGUACAGGUUUUUUUAACAGUUUGAUACAACGGGGAGUGUUUUUUAAAACUGAAAAUCUGGAUAUGACAGAUGGCACGGCAAUAGCUGGAGGGACGACGCUUAACCUCUGGCACAAAGACGUCCUCUGUGGUGACUGUGGAAGUGAAAACGUGUUUGCAGAAUA